GAGGCGGUUUUAUCUAUGAGGCGAUUGUAGUCCUUUGUUUAAUUUAAUUAUGUAUGUAUAAUUUACAAUUUAUAAUACCCCUUAAUUAUGUAUUCAAACAAAGAUGAAUAUAUUGAGCGUUUGGCCAUGAACGUGCUAGUUUUCUUGAGUUUUAUUAAAUUUUCAUCAGCAGGACCAAACGACUUGCACUUGCAAGAUGGAGCGACAAUGGCUGAAAUUGUUGGGGGCGAUAUAUUUUUUGAGAUAAUAGAUCCCUUAGAAUUGGAAUAUACAUAUAGACUAAGGCCUGCAAAAGAUUUUGGGCCUACUUUUAAUGAAUCAUUCCAAUUGAAGAACACCCUUUUAGUGCCUGCCAAACCAAUUGAUGCUUGUGAUGAAUUAGAAAACAUUGAUGAUGUGGAAAGAAAUGUAGUCUUAAUUGAAAGGGGGAGUUGUUCCUUUAAAAGGAAAACAAUCAUGGCAGAAAAAGCAGGUGCCAGAGCUGCCAUAAUAACAGACUUGGCGAAAGGUUCAGAGGAAUAUUUGAUAGAAAUGAUUGAUGAUGAAACAUUAGAUGAAACACACAUUCCAGCAGGUUUUCUGGUUGGAAAAAAUGGUUUAAUGAUAACAAAUACUUUAAACAAGUUACACAGAACCUAUGCUGUAAUAAAUUUGCCUGUAAAUUUAACUUUUACGCCAGUACAUCAACUGGUUCAACCACCUUGGAUAGGAUGGUAAAAAACCUAUAACAGUAUUUUGGCAAUAACUUGUUAACUAAAGCAAUAUUUUUGUAAGAUAAAGAAAGUAUUUCUUAUACAACUACCCUCUAUCUAGUCAUAUAAAGGCUCAAAGUUUGUCAACAAGGCAUCUACAUAUGUUGAAUGCAAUAAAGUAAUUGUUACAUA